AUGCUUAGGCGCUCCCUCACUGCCCUCGUGGCUCUUCUCCUCGCUGUUCCCGCCACGGCCCAGCUGUCGGUCAUCGCACCCGCAUAUGUCGGCUGCAUCCUCCCGACCGCGCUCCCGGGGGAUGUCAAGUCGGUGUCCUCUGCAACGAGCCAGGCGCUGUGUGACACGGCCUGCACCACCACAUACCAGUACAACUACUUUGUGUCGUCCACCUCCUCGUGCUACUGCAGCAACACGCCACCCCCAGCCACCGCCCUCCAGACGGCUUCCAACUACCUGGGCACAUGUGCCUCUGGCCAGGCCAAGGCGCAGAAGCUCGCAACGUCGUACCAGUGGACACAGUGCGGCAGCGCAAUCAACUACUACCAGGGACCCCUCUUCGGCAAGGUGGCCGCCUCGGCCUACGAGUGCAUGCAGUGGUGCAACAACGUCUACCACGAUGUCACGUGGGUGUUCGCCUCAUACUACCCAGCCGGCAACAGCAGCAGCGGCGCCUCUGGACCCUGGUGCGACUGCUCGGGCUCGAUCGGUAUCUACUACGCAACGUGCACGUCCAGCAGCGUGUACACGUACAUGCUCGAGCGGUCGCUCACGUCGUGGGUUGUCCGUCGCGACGCACGCCUCAAGCGCGAGCAAGACGCGCGCUCGCAGCAGCUCUCCCUCGGCCUGUGCCCGUACCCGCUCGAGGCGUGCAUCGUCGGCAACAACGGAUACGAGUGCAUGGACACGCGCGCCGAGCUCGAGGCUUGUGGCGGAUGCGUAGACGGCACGCUCACGAUGGACACGGACGGCAGUGCCGGUUCGCGCAACGCGUCUGCCAACGUCGGCACAGACUGCCUCGCCCUCCCCGGUGUGGACCCCAAGCGCACCACUUGCAUCAGGGGCCAGUGUACUGUCGCCGGCUGUCGCGCAGGCUGGAGGCUCGUGGAUGGCCGUUGUGUCGAGUAUCGACCUAGGUACUUGUAA